AUGUCUUUGUCUAUCUCCAAAGCUAUCCUUCUGGCCAUUGGCCUUGCGGCUUCGGGACUGGCGACAGACGUCAAAGAAAGUAAUGUGGAGAGAGAUGCCAGUGUCCGUAACUGUGUCGCGUUCUAUCGAGUGGCUGCAGGAAAUGAUUGUUUCGAAAUCCGAGACGCUCACCCUGAUACCUUCACCAUGGAAGAGCUGAUGGAGUGGAAUCCAAGAAUCAAUCGCAGCUGCACAAACCUGCUACCCGGCCAGACCAUUUGUAUCCGGAAGUUGAGGAAGGAUUGUCCCAGUGGGGCUUGA